UCUGCCUACGUCAUCAAUAAGCGACACUUCAGUCAAAGAACGCCGAACUUAAUCAACAGUCUUUCUAAGUUUCCCGACGUAAUUCAUCCCCGCUGUCGACUUUAUCAAAGCUCCAAAUAGAGCGGAGAAGAUGGCGGUCAAGCAGAAGAGGGCAUGACAGGCUUGGAGUUGCUGGCCGCCGUCUGCCAUGGGGAUGAGCGGGAUCCUUUCCCGCUGUGGCAGGACGGAAGCGUCGGCGUGUGUUUCAACCAGCUGCUGCUUGGAGUGCUGCCUCACGCCGUCAUGGCCGCCCUCUGCGCCUUCUACCUGGGCGUGGCCACCGGCGGCCGCCUGCAGACAUCUUCCUCUGGCGGCUGGAAUCUGCGUCUGGUUUCGACGGUGCUGGCGGCGCUGCUCUUCGCCGCUGAUGCCGCCGUGGUGGGCGCGGCCCAGCAGGCGGACAUGUACCUGGACCUCCUGGCCGACGCCAGCGCCGUACUGGCCUGGCUGGUGCACGUCGGCGCCGUGGCGACGCUCCGGCGGACGUGGGCUUUCCGGAGGACGCGUGGCCCCUCGCCGCUCCCUGCCUCGGUCCUUCUCUGCGUUCCACACGCUGUUCUCACCUUGAUGUUCUACCUGGCCAACCGGGAGGACUACCUGACCCCGUCCAAACCGCUCCACUUGACACGUUUGGUGCUGGCUUCCACACGGGCGUUCCUGGUCCUUCUCUAUCUUUUGGGCGUGGUGUGUCCCUGCGUGGGCGAGGCAGACGCAGUGAACAUCCAAGAUGUGGAUGGACAGCCUCUCAUUCCGGAGGACGCCGAGCCGGACACUGGCGAGAUGGUGGCAGAGGACGGCAGCGGUUGUGUCUCCCGCCUCCUCUACCUGUGGCUGACCCCACUCCUCAGGCGAGGGCAGCGGGGCGAGCUGCGGCGACCGGCUGACGUAUACCACCUCCCCCGCAGCCUGCGCACCAGCGUCAUUCGCCGACACUUCCAGCACAGCUGGGCCACGUGUCACAGGGGGGCGGCGUCGCUCCCCGUGCGGGAUCAGUGGCCCCGCCCGGUCCAGGGUGGCAGUGGCGGUCUUCACUCUCCGGAGGAGCCACUGGAGCUGGAGGGCGACGUGAGCCUGCUCCGUGUUCUGCACACGGCCUUUGGAGCGCGCUAUUACCUUCUGGGCGUGUUGAAACUGAGCGUGAACCUGCUGAGGUUCUCCGGGCCGCUCCUCCUCAACGUCCUCGUCAGCUUCAUGGAGGACCAGAGCGCUCCGGUCAGCACGGGCGCCUGGUGCGCCGCCGCCCUCUUCGCUAGCACGCUCCUGUGCUCCGUCCUCCAGAACAUAUUCGCCUUCCGGGUCUCCAAGGUGGCGCUGUCCGCCCGCACCGCUCUCGUGUCGGCCGUCUACAGCAAAGCGCUGCGGGUCGGCGGCGCCGGCCUGGCCCGCUUCUCCCUCGGGGAGGUGGUGAACCUGAUGAGCACGGACACGGACCGCGUGGUCAACUUCUUCAACAGCUUCCAUGAACUAUGGAGUCUCCCCUUCCAGCUGGCCCUCGUCCUCUACCUGCUCUACACGCAAGUGGGCGUGGCCUUCCUGAGCGGGCUGGGUGUGGCGCUGCUGCUGGUCCCCUUCAACAAGUUCCUGGCCUCUCGCAUCCUGAGCAACAACCAGGACAUGCUGAGGUACAAGGACAGCCGGGUCAAGUUGAUGACGGAGAUCCUCUUCGGGAUUCGGGUCAUCAAGUUCUACAGCUGGGAGGCCCACUUCACUCAGAAGGUGUCCGAGUAUCGGCAGGGAGAACUGACGCACCUCAGGGCCCUCAAGUACCUGGACGCCAUGUGUGUGUACACCUGGGCCGCCCUCCCCGUGGUCAUCUCCAUCCUCACCUUCCUCACCUACGUGCUGCUGGGACACCAGCUGACCGCCCCCAAGGUGUUCACCACGCUGGCUCUGGUAGGAAUGCUGAUCGUCCCGCUCAACGCCUUCCCGUGGGUGUUGAAUGCCAUCCUGGAAGCCAAGGUGUCGCUGGAGAGAAUCCAGCGCUUCUUCAAACUGACCAAUCAGGAUCUUCAGGCGUACUACGCGCUAGUGUCACCUGAAGACGACCACACGGCGGUGCUGUUGAGUCAGGGCACGUUCAGCUGGCACCGGGACCCGGAAGGAGACCACGGCGCCACCGCCGCCGCCGGCAGUCUACUGCUGCACAACCUCAAUCUACAAAUACGAAAGGGCUCGCUGACGGUGGUGGUGGGCAAGGUGGGAUGCGGGAAGAGUUCCCUGCUGGCCGCUCUCACGGGAGAACUCUGCAGGCACAGCGGCGUGGUGUACGUCGCGGACCGCCAGUCUGGUUUCGGUCUGGCGUCGCAGGAGCCGUGGAUCCAGCACGCGUCCGUACGGGACAACAUCUUGUUUGGGAAGGACCACGACGCCGCCUUCUACCAGGAAGUGAUCGAAGCCUGCGCUCUGUCAGACGACCUCAGGAUUCUACCGCAUGGCGACCGCACGGAAGUGGGAGAGAACGGCGUCACUCUGAGUGGAGGUCAGAAGGCCCGACUGGCCCUCGCCAGAGCUGUUUACAUGGACAAAGACAUCUACCUCCUGGACGACCCUCUAGCGGCGGUGGACGCGCACGUGGCCCGCCACCUCAUGCAGCGAUGCAUCAUGGGCCUGCUGGGCGGGAAGACCCGGGUCCUCUGCACGCACCGCGCCGAGCUGGCGGAGGGCGCCGACCAGGUGGUCCUCAUGGCCGAGGGGACCGUCGUCAAGACGGGCUCCCCGGCAGAGAUCCUCCCUCUGAUAGACGCGGGGCCCGAGCAGCGGAAAGCCAAAGAAAAAGGCACAGAGCUGUCAUGUCUGGCUGAUGGCCUCAGUGAGGAGGGGCAGGAGGAGCUGCGGGCUGACGACGGUCGCCAUGACGACCUUUCGGGGGCGGAGAAGAAGCAGGCGGGCGGCCUGGCGUGGAGGGUCUACCGGACCUACUGGACCGCAGUGGGCGGAGCCUUGGCCACGUCCAUUUUGCUGUCCCUGCUGGCGAUGCAAGCCUCCAAGAACGUGUCGGACUGGUGGUUGUCUCACUGGAUCUCGGAGCUGAAGAACACCACUCACCCCUCGGGCGUCCUCGCCACGCCUCACCUGCUGCUCCUGUCAGCCGGACGCCUGAUGUCGGCCAACCUGAGCGGCGAGGUGCAGUUUUACCUGACGGUCUACGGCUGCAUGGCGGCGGCCAACACCGUCUUCACCGCCCUCAGAGCCUUCCUCUUCGCCUACGGCGCCAUCCGCGCCGCCGCCGUCAUUCACGACAGACUCCUCCAGCGGGUCCUCAAGGCGACGGUGACCUUCUUCGACGCCACCCCGCUGGGCCGCAUCCUCAACCGCUUCUCGUCGGACGUGUACGGCGUGGACGACAGCCUGCCCUUCAUCCUCAACAUCCUGCUGGCCAACAUGUCGGGUCUGCUGGGCACGCUGGUGGUGAUGAGCUACGGCCUGCCCUGGCUCCUCCUGGCCCUGCCCCCCCUGGCGCUGCUCUACCAGCGCACGCAGCGCUUCUACCGCCACACCUCCAGGGAGCUGAAGCGCCUGUGCAGCGUCACGCUCUCGCCCGUCUACUCGCACUUCUCCGAGACGCUGAGCGGCCUCGCCACCAUCCGGGCGAGCGGCGGCUGUGCCAGGUUUGAGGAGGAGAACGUCCGGCGGUUAGAACUGAACCAGCGCUGCGUGUUCCUGAGCAACGCCGCCAUGCAGUGGCUGGACAUCCGCCUGCAGCUAAUCGGGGUUGUCGUGGUGACGGGCGUCAGCGUGGUCGCGGUCGUCCAGCACCACUUCCAUGUUGUUGAUCCAGGCUUGGUGGGUUUGUCGCUGUCCUACGCUCUGUCCAUCACCACCCUGCUGUCAGGCCUCAUCUUCAGCUUCACCCAGACGGAGAUGCAGCUGGUGAGCGUGGAGCGAGCGGAGGAAUACUCCAGCCAGCUUCCAGCGGAGCCUCAGCAGCAGAACCCGCAGCUGGCCCCCUCGUGGCCGGAAGAAGGCCGGGUGGAGUUUCGCCAUGUGGUCCUGGUCUACAGGGAGGGUCUUGCCCCCGCCUUGCAUGACGUCAGUCUGCUGGUGCGACCCGGGGAGAAGGUGGGCAUCGUGGGUCGCACGGGUUCAGGGAAGUCCACUUUGUUCCUGGCCAUGUUCCGCAUGGUGGAGGUCAGUCGGGGACAAAUCCUCCUGGACGGGCUGGACGUCAACGGUGUGGGCGUGGCCCAGCUCAGGUCCAGGCUGGCCAUCAUUCCUCAGGACCCUUUCCUGUUCAGCGGGACAAUCCGACAGAAUCUGGACCCCUGCCAGCAACACCAGGACCAGCAGCUCCUAGAGGUCCUGGAUCAGUGCCACCUCGGGUCCUUGGUCCAUACAAUGGGUGGUCUGGAUGCUGAGGUGCAGGACAGAGGCAGGUCCUUCUCAGCGGGACAGAGACAGCUGCUGUGUCUGUCCAGAGCGCUGCUGACUCAAGCCAAGGUCCUGUGUGUGGAUGAAGCCACGGCCAGCGUGGACCAGAAGACGGACAAACUGCUGCAGAAGACCAUCAGAGAGAGGUUCCGUGACAAGACUGUCAUGACCAUUGCACACAGGUUGAACACCAUCAUGGACUGUGAGCGUGUGCUGGUGAUGCAUGCUGGGAAGGUGGUGGACUUUGACACCCCAGCAGCACUUUGCCAGAAGGACGACUCGGUUUUUGGUCAGCUCCUCAGUCAGGUGACGAAGGCACACUGACAGGACACUAAUAGACUCUAAUAGGACGCCGACGAGACACUGACGGGACACUGACAGGAUGCGAAAAUAUACCGACAGGGACAGUGUCAGGACACUGACAGAACAGUGACAGAACACGUUGUCUGUAACACGGCAGUAAAACGGCUGAUCAAACAAAACGGAAGUCAUGCUCAUGGACCCACUAGCUGCGCAAGCCAGCUCUCCAAUCAGCUAAACGAUACAAAAAGAACGGCAUUGUAAGUUAACAACACUUAAACAGACACUCGUAAACCUGUUAGCAUAUUAGCUCAUGCUAACUACGCUCGCUUGAUUACGUUGCGAUAGCACGUACAAAUAUGCUUGAAAACACAACUACAGACAUCACACACGGGGCGGUUUAGUAAGCAAGAAUAGUUGUAGUUAUAUUGUAAAACUUACAAACGUUGCCUGGAGUGACGAAUGAAGAAUCCGUACGGGUAGAAACGCUAUGGAUGGCAAGAAGAAUCUACAGUUUUUACCGUGAAUUACUGUAAACGGGAAAAUAGUACCACUUUUUUUCAUGGUAAAAUUCUGUCGACUGAGCUGCCAUUUUUCUCACGGUAAAAUCUACACUUGUUGUUUUUACAGUAAAUUACUGUAAAUGUGAAGACUGUACCACUGAAUGAAUAAAUGAAGGUUUUUUACGGUAAAAUUCUGCCAAUUUUUUUUAUCAUAAAAUGUUAUUUAUUUUUAAAAAUACAUUUUUACAGUGUACAAGUUAGGUGGAUGACUAACUUUGAACUCAUAAGACAGGCAAAUAUUUUAUUUGGUUUCCACAAAAAGUUUUGUGGGAAUUUACAAUUUACUAGUAUUCGAU